AUGGUUGACCUGAUGGCCAGUUUCCUUUUAGGGCACCAGGUGACCAGGAGACCAGGUAAACCCAUAGAAUCAAAUGAGGUUGACCUGAUGGCCUUCUUCAUUUCAGUACACCAGAUGGAGCCCAUGACUGGAGUAGAGAAGGAAAAUCAAUCCAGCGCACAAGAGUUUAUCUUGCUGGGAUUCCCCGGCAAUCAGCUUUUGCAGAUUUCGCUCUCUGUGGUGUUUACCAUGACGUACAUCUUGGCUGUCACAGGAAACUUUGCCAUAAUAGCUGUAGUCAUAGCUCGCCCUCACCUCCAAACGCCCAUGUACAUCUUCCUUUCCAACCUCUCCUUCCUGGAGAUCUGGUACACCACAGCCUCUGUCCCUAAGGCCAUUGCCGUUUUCCUGGGGAAAAGCAAAACCAUCUCAUUUGUUGGUUGCAUCCUGCAGAUGUACUUCAUUUUCUCUCUGGGCUGCACAGAAUUUUUCCUCCUGUCUGUCAUGGCCUAUGACCGCUAUCUGGCCAUUUGCUACCCGUUGCGGUAUAGCACCCUCAUGAGCAGCACCAAAUGCACUCAUCUGACUUUUUUAUGCUGGGUGUCUGGUUUCCUUUGUAUGAGUAUCCACAAUUCUCUGGUCACCAGGCUGUCCUUCUGCGGCUCUAACGUCAUCAAUAAUUUCUUCUGCGGAGCCGAUUCCUUGAUCUUUCUCUCCUGCUCAGACAUUUCUGUGGUUAAGUGGGUUGGUUUCCUUAUGGCAAUCAUCGUCAUCCUGGGAUCAUGUUUGACAACCCUGGUCUCCUACAUUUUCAUCAUCUCCACCAUCCUGAGGAUCCCGUCUGCCCGAGGCCGGCAAAAGGCCUUUUCCACCUGCUCUGCCCACCUCAUUGUUGUGGUUAUGUGGUACAGCUCCAAUAUCUUCCUCUACAUCAGAGUUUACAGGUACAGCUUUUUUGACAUGCAUAAGUUCGUCAACACUGUGAACACUAUCGUAACGCCGCUGUUAAACCCUUUCAUCUACACUCUGAGAAAUAAAGAAGUGAAGGAGGCUUUAGGGAAGCUGUUCAAGAGGAUAUGA